GGCGCUCGCCGGCCUCCUCGUUCCCUGCCUCGUCGACUCCCUCGCCAGCGAGGAUUGGGCGGCGCGGAAGGCCGCGUCGGAGGCCCUCACGCUCCUCGCCCUCUCCAGGAAGGAUCUCUUGGCGGGGUUCAGGUCCUCCUGCAUCUCCUCCUUCGAAUCCCGGAGAUUCGAUAAGGUGAAGAUUGUACGGGAUUCCAUGAAUAGAAUGCUGGAAGUGUGGAAAGAGAUUCCUCCUGCUGCUGAUAGCAACUCGAAUGCUAUUCCUCCGACAACAAAGUCGCAAUCCGAUCCAUCUAAUUUAGGAAGUGCGAGUGAUGGGCGGUCUUUAAAUGCUUCCCAAAGUUUGAAAUCGGUUCAAUCUUCUUCUCCUCUUGUCACAAGAAAGAGCAGAUUUUCAUCAAGCAGAUCACCUCCACCUGAUGCCUCACCCAUAGUAACCGCUAGAAAGAUCAACGGUUCCAUUAGGAGUAAGAUAUUGUCGCCGCCUUUAUCUCGCAAGAUGGAUCAUACAAAGACCUCCGAGUGGAGGGUUGAAAUUGCCGUUGGAAACACUCCUGUUAAAGCUGUGACUGAGGAAAAGCUAUUUAAGGAUCAUGAGCAAGGGGGGAAGGACGGCAAUGUUAGAUCCAGGUUAGAAGCAAGGAGGAUGUUGUUUAGUGAAGAGAAGGGGAGCAAGUCGGCUGUGUUGAGGUCGGGAGCACGAGUGGUUCCAUUUCAGGAGAAUGGCUCCUUGGAAUUAACCGCAGGAACAGACAAUAUGAGCGAUGAGGCUCAUGAAGGUCACAGAGACGGUGACUUGUCAUUGAUUCGAAGGCAGCUGGUUCAGAUUGAGAACCAACAGUCCAGUUUAUUAGAUCUUCUCCAGAAAUUCAUUGGGAGCUCACAAAAUGGCAUGCAUUCACUCGAAACAAGAGUACAUGGCAUGGAGAUGGCAUUGGAUGAGAUAUCCCGGGACUUAGCUGCCUCUUCGGGGAGGAUGUCAAACAAUGAUACCGAAGUAAAUAAUACAUGUUGUAGAUUGCCCGGAACAGAAUUCCUUAGCUCCAGAUUUUGGAGAAGGCAUGAUGGGAGAUACUCUUCUAGGUUCUCUGUUUCGGAUAUCCAGUACCUAAGUGAGGAGAACAGGGCUUCGUACAAGUGGGAUAAGCAGAGAGUUGGCUUUCAGGGCGGAAUUGUGGUUAACCCACUAGCAGAGAUCAAUCCGCAAUCAAAAGGGCGUGUCGAGGUCAGUUCAAGGACUACGGUAAAGGGUGGAGGUCACGGCGCAGGAAAUUGAGUUGCUCGAGAUGAAAAGAAGCAGGAUUUGGUUCCUCAAGAUAUGAGAGUUGCGUUAUGCGUUACAUACAUUGACAAUUUAUUUACAUGGCUGAGUGGGUAGUUUUGAAGAUCUCCUUGGACUCUUCUCCAGGCACCACAAGUAUGAGUUAUGCAUAAGACAUAAAGCCCUUUGGCCGGAAUGCUAGAUAAUUCUGUAUUUCGUCGAAGUUGAUUUUAUUCUUAUUCAAAAUCCUUGGAAUACUUAGUACUCGUUCGUGUAUCGUCUUCGAUACAUGUUUCCAUGCUCUUAAACGCGGUCUUUCUUUAUGUAGUCUUGUACAUAGUGCAGAUGGUAGUGAAGUUGUGUUCCUGAAUGAUAUUACUAGUUGGUUUCUUUUAUGAAUUGAAGUAUGAAACCUUUUUAAAGAUAAAAA